GGCCCAGUGGGUCCAGCCCAACCCAGUGCAGAGCUCUCUGUCACACAGCUGGCCCUGCUCCCUUUCCAAGAUGCUGUUUUGGCACAACCAGCCGGAGCACCUGUGGCCCAGUCCUGGGGAACUGUACCCUGGACCUCCAAGCAGCCUGCUCAGGGAGUCCCUGCCCUUGCCCUACCUGAAGCAGGAAGAGCUGCCCAACAUCCCCGGCACGGAGCCUCCCUGCCCUGCAUUCCAAUAUGUGCUCUGUGCAGCCACCUCGCCGGCCAUGAAGCAGCAAGAGGAGACCCUCACCUACCUGAACCAGGGCCAGUCCUAUGAGGUGCGGAUGCUCUGGAACCCCAAGCUGGGUGAUGCCACCCAGUGCCCCCAGGUGCUGAAGAGCGUGGUGCGUGUGGUGUUCCACGACCGGCGCCUGCAGUACACGGAGCAGCAGCAACUGGCAGGGUGGAGAUGGAGCCGGCCUGGGGACCGCAUCCUGGACAUUGAUGUGCCCCUGUCCAUGGGGGUGAUAGAACCCCAAGUCCUGCCCUCACAGCUCAACAUAGUGGAGUUUCAUUGGGACCCAACCAAGAGGACCUCCCUCUUCCUACAGGUUCACUGCAUCAGCACUGAGUUCACACCUCGGAAAAAGGGUGGAGAGAAAGGCGUUCCCUUCCGCCUCCAGAUCGACACUUUCAAGCCCAGUGACAAGGAGCUUCCGCCCGAGCACCUGCAUUCGGCUGGCUGCCUCAUCAAGGUGUUCAAGCCCAAAGGAGCUGACCGGAAACUGAAAACUGACUGGGAGAAGAUUGAGAAACAGCCUCUGCAUGAGAGACACAAGUAUCAGGUCGCCUGUGAGAGCACGGUCUUCGUGGAGUGUCCACGGUGGCCAGAGCCCAGUGCAGAGCCCCACUCGCCUCUCAGCCCUCAGGCUCUGACAUCCCCCUACUCCUGCAAGCUCCUGUCCCCGGAGAGACUCUGCUCCUCACCACCAUUCGCCUUGGACACCUUGGGGGGCAGCCCAGCUGAAGAUCUGAACCCUGGAGCCUCCAUCCUAGAGACGCAGCAGUGGUUGCAUCGACACCGGUUCUCCAGCUAUUGCCGGAUGCUGGCCAAUUUCACUGGCACUGAUCUGCUGAAGCUUACGCGCCAGGACCUUAUCCAGAUCUGCGGGGCUGCCGAUGGGAUCCGCCUUUUCAAUACUCUUAGAGACAGGCCCAUCCGUCAUCGGCUGACUUUAUAUGUGGCUCAGGAGGCCUCUAGGCAAGAGAACGAGGUUCCUGAGAACCCCGACUCAGGCUUUUACCAAGAAAUCUCUCUGAAUGAACUCAGUGCUGUGGAGCUGAUGGGGAAACUGGCGGAGCGCUUGGCUCUCCCAGCCAAUCAGAUCCACCGCCUUUUCCACCAGGGCCCUGGGGGCAUCCUCAUUCUCCUCAGUGACCAGGUGGUUCAGAAUCUUAAGGAUGAAUCAUACUUUGUGGCUGUGGUGAAGAAAGUGCAGAAUCCAGAUGGCUACUACCUGGUUCUGACCUAGGCCCAGGGGCACCCUGCUGCAAGGAGACCAGUGCCAGCCUGGUUCUCUGGAGCCCUGUGUUCACCAGAAGCCUUGUUAAAAUCCUCGGCUGCUUCACUGGGCUCCAGCUGAAGAGCCCAACUGUCAUGUGUCCUACCCGUGGGGAGGAGGCAAGCAGCCCCCAGGCUCACAUUUCUUUCUGCUCAGCAGCAACAGUUGUUGGAACCCAGGACACAGCCCCCUAAGCUGAACUGAGAUGGCCAAAGCUGUGAGGAAAAAAGCCUGGUGAUACGGAUAAGGAGCUUCUGCCCCAACAGUGCUGCUGAAAACUGAGUGCUUUAAUUCGUAUUUAAAAUUUUAUUCAGCCCUUCCUGUUUCUAAAUUAAAAGUUAUUUUUAAAAGACAUAUA